AUGGGCGAGUGGGACUUCCUCGGGCGGCUCCUGGACAAGGUGCAGAAGCACUCCACAGUGGUGGGCAAAAUCUGGCUGACCGUGCUCUUCGUCUUCAGGAUCCUCAUCCUGGGAGCAGGCGCAGAGAAGGUGUGGGGUGACGAGCAGUCUGACUUUGUUUGCAACACCCAGCAGCCAGGCUGCGAGAACGUUUGCUAUGACCACGCCUUCCCCAUCUCCCACUUGCGCUUCUGGGUGCUGCAGAUCCUCUCUGUGUCCACGCCGACUUUGGUCUACCUGGGCCACGUCCUCCAUGUCAUCCAUGAGGAGAAGGGUGUGAGAGAAGCAAUGCGGAAGGCCCACAAUGAUCAAGCCAGUCUGUUUGUCAAGAAAGGAUACAAACCACCCAAGUACAGCAACGACCAGGGAAAGGUCAGCAUCCAGGGCCGCCUCCUCAGGAGUUAUAUCCUGAAUUUACUGUGUAAGAUAGUGCUGGAGGUUGGAUUUAUCCUAGGCCAGUAUUACCUUUAUGGAUUCACCCUUCAAGCACAAUAUGUAUGCAAUCAUUUCCCCUGUCCUCACAAGGUCGACUGCUUCCUGUCAAGGCCAACGGAGAAGAAUAUCUUCAUUUGGUUUAUGCUGGCUGUGGCAUGUGUGUCAUUACUGUUGAAUUUCAUCGAGGUCUUCUAUCUGUGUGUCAAGAAGGUCAACGAGUGCUUGAAUCGGAAGCGGGACUACACUGUAACCCCUGUGACCCCUGUUAUGAGCAGGAAGAAUUUCGAAAAUGUAGAUCAUUCAAUCCAGAACUGCAUGAAAGGUGAACUAGGGCUCCAAAGAAGAGAUCUUUGCCAUGAGGUGGCCAAGAACAUGGCUUUGGAAGAGCACAACACCAAUGACAUGGAAGAGGUUCAUAUCUGA